UUUCAUUUGAAACACAAGGCUUUGCUGCCUCACCGGCUGGGUUGCCAAGUUCCCCACUGCUGCUGCUGUCCUUUCUUAGCAGAUCGUGAAAGUAUAAGCCCCUCUGAAGAUGCACUGACUUCACUGCCCUACCUCCCAGCUUGCACCAUGAAGCUUCCAGGAUAGACCCUACUGCAUCCCUGAGACUAGAGGGGACCCAGAACUCUGCUGCAUAUCUAAGACCAGAGGGGACCAAGGACUCUGCCGCAUCUCUAAGACCAGAGGGGACCCAGGACUCUGCUGCAUCCUUAAGACCACAGAGGACUCAGGGUCCUGCUGCAUCCCUUACUGUAGAGUGGACCCCAGGAUUCUGUUGGAUACUUAAGAGACUACAGGAGACCGUGGACCCUGCUGCAUCCCUAGGACCAGAGAGGACCCCAGGACUCUCCUACAUCCUUGAAACCAGUCACCAGAGGUAUCCUAGGACUGUGGCAGCUGAAUUCCGAAACUUGAUAUGACCCCAUAACUUUGCCUUCUUCAGCCCUGCUUGUAGUGAAGCUCCCAGGACUUUUGGAUAUAGAUCUGAGUUUGUUGUCUGGGUCUUUCAUGACAAGGAGCAUCUAUUCUGCACUGGAUCUGUCCCACUUUCUUUGUGUUGCUUAAGAUUUGGAAGUCAGGGUUUGGAUAUAUGCCCUUCUAAUGAUCUCUGGCUCUUGUUAUUUAGGAGGGUACUUCAAGGAUUUGUGCCAGGAAUGCAAAUUAACGGCACUGUCCUGAAAGUAACAAUAGGGCACUUGUGACCCACUAUCCCAGUUUUUUGUGGAUAUCCCACUAUUUAACAAUACCCAUAAAAUUGUGAUUUACACUGCAGCUGAGCUCUGUCUUCUUCUAAUGUCUGGUUGAAGGACCUGAUGGUGGGCGGCUAAGGUUACUUGGAUUUACACUGGAUUCCUGAAAACAAUUUUUAAAGCAACUGGUAUUAAACAGCUUGUGUAAUGCCCUUUCAUCAGAGGAUAGUGCAGCCCACUAAGCUGUGUAGGCUGGGUACAAGUGAUGGGCAACUACCAAGAGAUGGUCCAACGUUGGCGUUCACCUCACUGCAAGAAGUCAGUGUUCAUUCUAUGGUGAGAAUCAUCCACCAGCUGUCUGAUCUUUCUCGCUAUGCUGAGGACAUCUUCACCAACAUUCAGGGGCAAGCAAUUAUCCUAGGUGAGCGCAGUAGCCACCUGCAUCGCCGCCUGGCAUCGCUUCACCAGACUGUCUCCCACCUGGACCAUAGGAAGGUGCCAGUCCCCGUUUCCAAUCUAGAUGAAGAAAGUAAGUGGACAGUCCAUUACACAGCGUCUUGGCACCAACAGGAAAAUGUAUUCCUUCCAUCAUCCAGACCUACAUGCGUAGAAGAUCUGCACAAGCAAGCCAAAGUCAACUUGAAGACAGUGCUGCGAGAAUGUGACAAGCUCCGAAGGGAUGGAUAUCGAAGCUCACAAUACUACUCCCAAGGGCCAACGUUCUCCUCAUCUCCGGACAUGGUUUGCACAAGUUAUCAAGAAGAUGACGAUGAACACAGUCGAAAGUUUUCAUUCUCUUCGACUGAAGAGGAAAGGCUGCUGACUGAGAAAAGACCAAAAACCCCUGUUUCUAAUGAGUUUUCUGAUACCCACACCAACUGGUCCAAGUCACUCCCACUACCCACUCCAGAGGAGAAGAUGCGUCAAGAGGCACAGGCUGUCCACACCGAUGUGGUGCCCAUAAACAUAACUGCAAGUGUCGGCCAGAUAGGUUUCAGAGGACAUUCAAUGCACAUACCGGAGAAUUACAAUGCCCUGGAUGGUUUAGAGCCAUGCCGCUCUCCCACACAAAGGUCAGAAACCAGGGACUUCAGCUGCCAGACUGAUGAGAUAAAGGUAGUGCCCCCCUCUGUCCGAAGAAUCCGAGCCCAGAAAGGACAAGGCAUAGCAGCUCUGAUGUCUAAUUCAUCAGGGAACAUGUCUUCGCUUAGUGACCCUGCUGGAUAUACGCCGCGUUCCACUGGUGAUUUGUAUUUCCGAAGUUUGCCAAGAACAGGGGCAAGGGUGUCUAUGCAGUCCAUUGAGCAACAGUCACUGGGUUCCAGCCAUAUGGAAGACUCCUACAGUACAUUGCCACGUCAGUUAAGCAAAUUACAAGUUGAUGACAGUGUAGUUCACCUGAGGAACAACCCCAGAACAGGCACACUACAGAGGCCAAAGUCCCAAGAAGUCCGGGGCUCGGAAAGAGAAGCGUUUUCCAAUCCAGCGUGUGUGGUGUCCCCUCAUGCUGCAUAUUCAACUAGUAUCAUUCCUAAUGCUAUGUUGUCAUCUUCUUCAGAGGUUAUUGCCAUUCAUACCUCACAGAGCACUGGACAUCUGGAAAGCAAAGGAAUAUCUCACUCCUCAUCUUCCCAUAAGAAAAGCCUACGCAGGGAUCAUGUCAACCUUAAAGAUGAUCAUCACUCUUCUAGUGGUAACUGGAGUGAAAGCAGUUCAGCCCGCCACUCUCAAACCUCUGAUACACCCUCUCCUAGCACCAUUACAAUCAUUUCCCUGAGUGAUCCAGCAGCAUCCCUAAACAAUACUAACAGCAUGAAAAAUGGUUCCCAAACCAUGUCUUAUAAAGUCAAUGAUGCCUUUAAUAAUCUCUCACAGGAUAGUGAUACCCGCAGUGAUUCCAGCUACUCUGAUGGCCGUCAAAGAAAUGGUAGCAUAACCAGCAGCAUUAAUAGUGCAGACCAGUGGUCAUCUGAAAUGAGGGAAAAUGACUGUUGUGCUCCUUUAAGAAAAUCAUCAUCUGUUCUGUCUGGCUCUCCUGUGAGCAAUAUGAGCACCUGUAGUUCAGAUAGAAAAGCAGAUUCCAGCUCGCUUUACUCUGUAGACCAUGAUGGAUUUUACACUUCAAUGCACAUGGAUUCUGGGAUGGGUACAAGUAAUCAGAACUAUCAUAAUGGCAUCCAGAAUCACCGCAACACUGUCAUUAAUAUCUUGGAUAAGAAAGAAGGUCUAAACAUGGAUGAAAGGUCAAGCUAUAGUGAUAAAUCUCUAACCCGCAGCAUAUCAUUGAAAAAGUCUAAAAAGCCUCCACCCCCUCCUUCUAGAACUGAUUCUCUUAGACGUCCAAGUAAGAAAAGUCUCCAAUCAAAUGGACAGGUACUCAAUGAAAAACUUAUUGCUACUCUCCAGCAGUCACUACAGCUAAACUUGAAGAGUAAAAGUAGUGGCUCACCAUCUCAGAGUCCUUGCAGUGACUAUGAGGAUCCCUGGGUUUUGCGUUGUCGCAGUCAAAGUACAGCAAGUGCAAGCAGUAGUAAUAUGUCUGCUUCUGCCUCCAAUAUGUACUCUAUUUGCCCAGUUACCCCAUCUCAGAGUGAUACAAGUAGUAUAAAGUCUGAGUAUGUCGAUCACUGGAGCUACUACAUGGAUGAACAACCAAAAUCUGUAUCUCACUCGCCUAACAAAUCAGCUAAUGAUUACAGUACAGGAGCUGUCAGUCAACAGUUACCUACCGACCUUGCCAAGCAAAGCAAUAAAUCUCCAGAAAAGGCUUGCAGAGUGACAUCACCAUCUAGUGGAUAUUCAAGCCAAUCAAACACACCAACCAAUCUGACACCUGUACCACUUUUACUAAGACACAUGUCACCAGGAAGUGGGAAAAGCAAAUCGAAACCCAAAGUGCCUGAAAGAAGGUCAUCUCUGAUCUCCUCUGUUUCCAUGUCUUCAUCGUCAACAUCUCUUUCUUCAAACACAUCAGACUCUGUACAGCAGCAGACUAUUAAAAAAACAAAUCUAGUCCUGCCGUCUUCUCCAACUUCUUCCCUUACACCAGACCCACCCCCUCCACCUGUAUUGGAUAUGGAUGAUAAUGGUUCUUUGCCACCAUCCCCACAUUUUCCACCACCACCACCACCACCAGAGGCUUCAGUGUUUCAGUCGACUGAGGACGUUCUGUGGGUUUCACGUUCUAAAACUGAUAAUUGUGCAACUGUGACCUAUCCUCCACCCCCUCCUCCCCUAGCCUUUUUUCACUCCAAAGCCCCUCCAAUUCCCCCACCUCUGAGCACUAAAGCACUGAAAAAUGCAAUUAAACCCUUAACACAAGGAAAAGAGGACGGUGGGAAUUUUAAUAACCUCUACAACAAACAAGACCUGAUAAAGUCAAACACUCCUCUAGUUACUGCUCAGGCACUGCAAAUGAUACAGUUAAGGUCUGUUAAAAAAUCAUCACAACUGGAGAAUGAAAAAAUAACUGAACAGGUGCUACAUCCCAAACGUCACGAUGAAACGUCACCCUUAUUUUCACGGCCAUCAUUGAAGCCAUCUGCUUCUCUAGAUUCCAGAUUAAGCGUAAGCGUCAAAGAAAAUAAAAAUUCCAACUUGCCAAGCAACCAGCUACAAUACUCUGAUUCUCAGAGCUGUUCGGAUACAUUUACAGGUGGUGAAGCAACAAACCUAGAAUGCAGAGAAGAAGAAUAUCAGAAUUCAACAUACAAUGGAAGCAGAACUAUUUUGUCCGAAAUGUCAUCUCCAGAAGAGAAACCAAGUACGUCCCAAAAUACACCAAAUGCAUCUCCCAACAAGAAGCCUCCUCCUGUUUCAAAGAAGCCCAAAUUGUUCCUUAUCGUUCCACCUCCGCAGCUCGAUUUGGCAGCAGAAAAAAUAGCUCAAGUCAAUGAAAAUGUGAGAAGCAUGCCAAAACCCUCCGAAAGGGAUUCUGUAAGCGAACAUUGCGAGGAGGUAAAUGGUCUUAUAGCUGAUGAGAACAAUUCAGAGGAGACUGGUUUAGGAUGCCAAGCAAGGGAAACUAGUUUGUCCCCUCAUGAAGUUGAGGAAGAUAAAACAUUUUGCAGACAGUCCCCAGUUUUUGAAACUGAAGAUCACCAGAAAGACGACCUCUGGGCCACAAUGUCUGAUGAGGUCCAUAUUUCAGAUAACAAGACAGAGAGUGACAGCCUUGACCAACAGACCGCACAGGAGGAAGAAAAUGCUGAUGUUUUUGAGACACAAGCUGCGAGUUCACCGCUUCCUCAUACUAAUGAUUACAUAGAUGGCUUUGAAGAUGUAUUAACUCCGACAAGACCUAGGACCACUGAGGACCUGUUUGCAGUCAUCCAUAGAUCCAAAAGAAAGGUUCUUGGCCGCAAGGAUUCUGAUGAUGAUCGCACCAGAAAUCAUUCUCCUUCUCCACCUGUCACUCCAACGGGAACUUUCCCAAAUGUAAGCUCUUUUAAACAGCCAGGAGCAAUCCACAGAAACAUCCGAAAGUCUAGUACAAGCAGUGACAACUUCAAAGCUCUGUUAUUGAAAAAAGGAAGCCGAUCUGAGAGUGGUUCACGUAUGUCUGCUGCAGAAAUGCUAAAGCACACUGACCCAAGGUUUCAAAGGUCAAGAUCUGACUCCUCAUUAGAACUGCCUGAUAGUCCAACAUUGGCAUCUCCAAAUAAGAACAGAAAAGCCCAGGAGGAAUGGGCUAAGUGCGAGGGACUGAUGCCAAGGAGCAUGUCCGUUACUGGUACCAGGUACAGUCGCUCUAGAACACCACCCUCAGCAGCCAGCAGCAAGUACAAUGUCCGAAGUCGCCUCCAGAGUAGUCCCAUGACAGUAAUUUGUGAAGGGGAAGGAGAAACUGCUGAUACUAUAGAAAACAGCUUUGCCAAGGCGCCACUAAGAUGCACAAUGAGCGUAGACCGGUUUCAAAGAAGCGCUUCUGAGCUAAAUGACUCCAUAGGUGAAGACAAUUUUAGUACUAAAGUCCACAUAGACUUGAUGAGCAGAUUUCUGGACAUUAGCACAGGCACAGAUCAUGGUUCUGUAGAAGAAAAUAGCUAAAAGACUUUGGGCGAUGGAGCUUAAUAAUUUUUUAUCAAGCCAAUCCUAUAGAAGCAGUGAGAAAACUAUGACCAUAAAGAGAUGUUGCUCAUUGCCAUGCACUUGAUAUAUGUAUAGCAAACGCUUUAGCACUGCAGUCUUUGUGAGGUAGGAUUUAGCAGGGUUGACUUAGUAUGCGACACCUGCAAGAUGGACAGUUUUGGAACCAAAGGUAUGAAGGAAGAAGAAUUCCUGUGUCUACAUUGGAGCUGGACUUUUACAAAGGUUUUGGAAAAAGAAAACUGGCCAGGCACACGCUAGUUGGAUAGGCUGUCUAGCCAUAGGUGUAUCAAGCUUAGUGAUGCCUACUAAACAGGGUAUUAUGGGUCAUAGAUGUACUGCUGGAAUGAUUUGCUCUGGAGGCCGACCAGAGCUUUUUACAUUAAGUGCAAUUGGUGGGCUUGGUAGAUGGCUCGUCAAACUAACCCAUUCAAGUUGCUGAAUUGUGAUUCCUCUGGUACUAUUUUUCGAUUUUCUGUACUCCUAAUUUUGUAGUUGUCACGUGUUGUGUAUUUUCAGCUGCUGUGCAGCGGUACAAGCCCAAGUUUCUCCUAUGUAGAACUUCAUGCAACACUAAAAGGCACUGAAGUUUCCACUACAUGCCCAUCAAAUUACAAAGCCUCGUAAGAAAUAUAUACAAGUCUUAGAAAAGGCUGUUAUGUGUGGACAGAAAACCAUAUAGCCUGAGCUUUGCAGUGAAACACACAACUCAAGGUAUACAUAUACUACCGUCACACUGCAAGAGGUGGCAUACCUCUAAAUGGUAGCACCUGCAGUGAAUUGUGCUGCAGCCGUCGCCAUUGUGACGCAGUGCUGCCGCAGUUUAGGUUUCUUUGGCAAAACUACAUUACUUCUGAGAACUUGCACUACAGAGCUGUUUGUGUGAACUUUAUAUAUUUCCCCUUGACAUUAAUUUUAACAAGGGAACACCACUGGUCUUUCUUAUCUAAAAUAUCUAAAACUGCUAAAUUUUUGGUUACCAAAGAAGAAUUUCUGCUUUCUUUUUAGUUUUGAAAUGCAAUUUAUGCCUGUACAAUUUCUUAACGGUUUUUACUUGCUUAAAAAAGGAGUUUUACAAUUUGGACAAACUGAGUUUGUUUUUUACUGUUUUAUAGCAUCAUUUUGAUGUAUCGUGUAGUUUUUAUAUUAUUUGUAUAUACUAGAACUUCUAAAACAUUACUUUUUAACCCACAUUUACAAUUUGUACAUUUUUUUUGAAUUUUUUUAGAUAAACAAAAUGUGUAGUUAACCCUUAUGCUGCUGGAGGAGGUUACAUGAUCUUGUAAGUAACUCUGAUGCAACCUCCUGCAGCAAACAAAUGAGUUAAUUUAUUUUAGUACUUCUGUGAAAUGUGGCUGUGACUCCUAUCUUUGGUAAUACUGUAAGAAUUCAGGGGCCUUCAACUUAUUAAGACAAUGCUGUGACUAUGCUUCAAAUAAAGCAUGGCUGAAAGGACA